UGACUCACAGUGUUAUGAUGCAGUUCCACAACACACAGCCACAUUUACCCACAGACCGAGGUACAGAACAAGAGGCAACCUCUGGCCCCCAGCAGCUGCCCAGCCUGCAGUCCCAGUCCUCAAACCCCCAACUACCCAUCCCCAAUCCUAUCCCCUUCCUAAUUGAAGGAGCGGAGAGAGAAGAGAGAAGAGUGAGCAGAGAGAUUGAGAGAGCUAGACGGAGAUCUCUGGAGCAGACCUCAAGGUGAUUUUCAUUUCUAUCUGGUUCUCGUCUGGGGGGGCCCUGGCCGGGCAGCCCCCCCACCCUUCUACUGUCCUGAAACACGGCUCUAGCCAACCUGCUCCGCUGCUUUACCUGCGACCGUCUCUGUGGGGGCUGCACGGCACCAGCCCCUCCAGCCCGCCAGGGCAUCGUCCUCCAGCCCGUCAUGCCCAGCUGUGAUCCUGGCCCGGCCCCUGCCUGUCUACCCACCAAGACUUUCCGCAGCUAUCUGCCCCGCUGCCACCGCACUUACAGUUGUGUCCACUGUCGAGCACACUUGGCCAAACACGAUGAGCUUAUUUCCAAGUCCUUCCAAGGGAGUCAUGGCCGGGCCUACCUGUUUAACUCCGUGGUCAACGUGGGUUGUGGGCCAGCUGAACAACGCCUCCUGCUCACAGGACUCCACUCGGUAGCUGACAUUUUCUGUGAAAGCUGCAAGACCACACUGGGCUGGAAAUACGUAAGUAUUCGAAGAGGGCCACUUCCCAGACAGUCCCCGUGGCUCUCCAAACCCAGUGUCUACACACCAAGCCUUUGCAUGGUCCCUAGAAGAAGCUUGGAACUGGGUCUGUCUAGGUGUGGGUAGAAGAGCCUAGAGGGGAGACACUUUUUCCUAUGGUCAUACUUUACUCCUCACCAGGAACAAGCUUUUGAGACCAGCCAGAAAUACAAAGAAGGGAAGUACAUCAUUGAGAUGUCACACAUGGUGAAAGACAACGGCUGGGAUUGAGGGGCUCAGCAGGCUGUGACCCUCCUCCGCAUGCCCCACCUUCCUCACACCAGUCCCCUGGCCCUGUGCGCAGUCCACACCAGCAUGAGUACUGCCCACCCCUGAGGAAACCUGGCUCCAAACGACCACCGCCUCCCUUCCCCCACCAUAGCAGUACCAGGUCCCUUUGGAACAGGAGCCUUCGAUAUCCCAGGGGUGGUUAAGGCUCAGGAGUGGGUAGCAGUCAGGGAAAUACAAAACUGAGGAGGGGAGAUGAUUGUGGCAGGGCAUGAACUCAGGAAGACAGGACUGUGAGUUACCAAACUGUGAUUGGCCUUUUCUGAAUGAACAGGACAAACAUUGGUGGUGGGGCCGGGCCACAGAAUAGCGAAGACUUAGGUUGGAGUGAAAUUUUGGUCUCAGAUAUCAGGGCCCCAGAGUCUGAGGGUAGUUUACCCAUCCCCAUUCUUGGUAAAAGGACUAGGGAUGGGGCCAAUAGAAGAAAAAACACAAACCCUAGACCCUGGGAAAUCAGCUACAGGGGUUUCCAUUUCACUCCACUGUUUACCUUGGCACUAAAGAGGCACUUUUAAGUAUCUAAUCUUUGCCAUUGGGUGGGGUGGGGAAAGCUGUUCCAAGAACAGCCCCCACCCCCAGCUGGCUGUUGCCAGAGAGAGCAGUCUUUAUGGGCAUUCCCAAAGGCUUAGCCACUGCUCCCUGGGACCCAGUCCUUUGGAGGCAGUGGAUCAUCGGCGCUGAGGGACCAGUCUUUCCAGUGACUGCCACCAGCGAAUGAAACUUUUGUAUGAUACAUAAAGUGUUUGGGUCUAUUUUUAAUAAAAAGGGGAAAAGCAA